UUUCAAUGUUUUAUCCUUUUUUGUUUAGCAUCAUGUGAACAAGUUGAUGCAGGGGUGAGCUGGUACAUUCAUGACAAUCAGUUAACUGCUUCUUCUGAACUGAAUGCCAGCACCCCAGCAAAGAAUGGGCGACUGAAGUUCGUAGCGGGAUCAUCAUGGUGUGCAUCCACAAGUGACAGCAGUCCACAUCUACAGAUUGACUUACAGAUUCCUCAUAUCAUCUGUGCUGUAUCCACUCAGGGGAAUUCCCAGGGGAGUCAGUGGGUGGAGUCUUACACCCUACAGUCAUCUACAGAUGGGACAACUUGGACAGAUUAUGAAGAAAAUGGACAAGUUAAGGUAGCUGAAGUUAAAGGGUGCAUAUAUUAAUGGCCUGGCCCAUCAUUUUAAAAAGGAAAAAUGCUUUUGUAGAGAGUUUUUUCAAAUAGAAAAAAAAAAUCUAUAGAAGACGCUAGGGCAAGAAAGAAAGGUUUUCAUUGCUUACCCUGCCACCCUAAAGUACCUCGACGAGAUUGCUAAUGAGAAAAUACUUCGAGACGAAGAAUUCAAGAAGAUGAAAAGCGAGACGGAAAAAUAUAUACAGUUGAACCUCCAUGUGCGACCACCUCUCGUAAGCGACCAUCUCCCACGCCAUAAGCGACUCCCCAUCCUAAACACUAAAACUUUCCCCGUCAAAGCCCUACAGUUGGACCUUCUAGAAAACGACCACCUCCUUAAAGCGACCGCGACCACUCUCUGGGCCUGAAAGUUUAAAGAUUUUCUAUUAUGUUUGACCUCUUUUAUUAUAUAGACACGAGUGUUUCAGUGGAAAAUAUACCACUCGUAAAAUUCAUAAAAACUACAUCCGGGACCCGAGUGGUUUAUUUUCCAUAAUCUCACACGUGAGUUUAUCUAUGUCGUAAUUUCGGUGAUUUCCCUCUAUUAUUUUAUCGAUGUCUUUUUGUCUAUAUAUAUAUAUUGUUUUGCCACUCGAAAAUAAAAUUCAUAUCUUCGCGCCACCGUGUAAUAUCCUCUAUGUAAGCGACCACUUGACGCAUUCUCUGUGGGUAUAGGUAAAAGGAGCCUUUGACUGAAAGUUUAUUCCCACGCGAGGUUUAUUUUUUUUAAGUUAGAGUUGAUUCUGCACACCUACAAUAGCUGACAACAGCUAAAACCAGGAAAGUUUUACAAAAUAGAUGUUUUUGUUUCUGGUUUUGUUGUUUUCUACUUUUAUUACUUUAUGUAAGUUUGUCCGUGUACAAAGGCGGUAUGCUUUGCCAGUUCCACUCGAUUGACGAACGCGGAUCCGUAAUCAAUGAUUACCUCUAGUUAUUAGGGACUUUAAGAUCCGACGACGCAACGGCGACAAGAACGUCGCUUAAAAAGUGAAUUUGCGUUCUUUCAGUCUUUAUACCGAUUAUUCCUAUCCACUUACUUUGUCAAUUGUAGGCGAACCCUCCUUAAGCUGAAUUUCAAGGGACCAAAUUCAAGCUCAGAAAGAGAAAUAAAAUUUCGUCGUUGCUUGUUUACGACCUCCGUAAAACGAGAAAUUAGACAUUUUCACGUCGUAAUCGUGCAAAAAGGGAAAAGAAAUGUACAAAAAAGUGUGAUGCACGUGCGAAGUUGUUGUUGUGCUAAUUAAACCAUGCACAAAAGCUAUCACGGGCGACUGCAAAUUAGCCGCCUCUGUUAGUUUUAUCAGGGGCAUCUCGGCCGGGAAACUGGACUCCGUUCGACUCGAUUUCAUUUCGGUAAGUGACGAACGCGGAUCCAUAACCAAUGAUUAUCUCUAGUCUAACUAUAGUGGUAACCAAAGCAGAGAUAGAAAAACCAACAGCAAUAACACCAGUAUUAAUUCACGCGAAUAUUACUAUAAUAAAUGGAAAAGUAAGGUUAUAUAACAUUAGACUUGCAUUUCACUGUACUUUUGUAGCAAGACUGCAUUACAAAAUACCGUAAUUUGUUGUAAAGUAUCGUAAUUUAUUUUUUGUUCCUUAUUGUUUAUAUAUUUUUAGUAUAUUUAAAGGCAACUUUUGUUGUGCAAGUGUUGUUAGAAAUUGAAAUAAAAAACUAUAUUAAAAGAAAAAAAAUCCAAGAAGAUUCACCCACACAAAUGGUUUAAAGCAAUAGACAAAUGAUCUACAAUUGAAAAACUUGCUCUAAAAUUACUAAAACUUUUCAGCUUUCAUAUUCAUCAAGUAAAUUACAUGUAACUAAGUUACCUCCUUGUGAGACCACUGGGGGUUCUGAGCUUCAUAGAGGGUAUAAAUUAAUAUCAAGAUUUCAUUUGGGUUCCUUGGUUAAAGCAACCCUAGCCUUGGGUCGUAAAUUGGUUACCCUUUUAUUGUUCAGUAGAACUUUUAUACAACUAUUACAGGUGUUUAGGUGUUUUUAGGGGGGGCAAGAUGAAGGAAUAGGGGUGGGGAUGAUGUGGGGAAAAAGGGGGGGGGGGGGUUGGGGUACCUAAACUUCCAGAGCUUAACCCAUUUUGUGCUGCAUGAAGCACCUAGGAGUGUAAAUUGCUUCUACCCUCUGUUCAAAGGUUACCUUCAUCGCACUUAUAUAUUGAGGUGGAAGAAUGACAAGCGUGAAAAGGAGCAAAGGUAGUUAUCUAAGGGAGAAAUGCCAUGCCGGGUGAAGCUAAUUGAAUCCAGAAGCGGGCAGUGGGGAGUGAGAGGUUGAUACCCCAUUGGGUUCACAGGAAAGUCACUAAGAGCCAGGGACCAGGAAUUUCUUAACUAUGUCCUACUACAUACCAGUAUGACCCCUUGUUACUUUCAUAGGAAACAAAAGGAAAGCAGACUGAACCAAUAGAAUUUCCUAGCUGUUCAAAUCAUAACCUAUAAUUUGCAUUUGCAACUUGAAAUCUUAGUGACAGCCCUGGGUUUAAUACACUGAACUCUAUCCUUACUACUUUAAGAAUUACCAUCUAAAUGAUAAGCCUUUUUUUGUUUUUGAUUUUUUUUCCAGACCUUCAAUGGAAACUUCGAUCAGAACACAGUAGAAAAACAGAUCUUGUUCAGUGCAUUUGUUGCCAGAUAUUUGCGUUUUGUUGUUGGGUCCAAACACGGUGGAGCAUGUUUACGAGUAGAAGUUUCUGGCGUACCUAGAAGAAGAGGUUUGAUAUAUUGUAGAAAUUGUUCAGGUUUUAAGGAAUAUAGUUUUUAUCCAGUAACGUGGAACCUUCCUUCGCAUCAUUGAAAAGAUCUUUUUCCUUUUUGCGACAGCAUCAGCUCUUGAACCAUUAUCUUUUUCAUUCUUUUUAAAAAUCUUGUUAAAAUACAGUCUUUGCAAGUACUUCACUGUACGACAUUUCACAGGAAAGAGGUCUGCAAUUUAGCCCUAAAGAUUUUAUAUUGCUGAUCGUAUGUAGAUUUGCUUGGAAUCUAGUCAACGAACAGGAAUUGGUCAAAGUUGUCAAUUUUUUCUUUUAGUUAUUGUUUACGAAUGAUAGAAAAAAGACAAAAAGUCACAAAGAUGUACAGUAAAUGUCAUGAAUCAACUAAAAAAGUCAUUAUUCAUGGAAUAUAACCUUCUUUACAAGACGAAUUUGAGUUUUGCUGCUGCUGGCUUGCAGAAGAACUCAAAACUUCUCAAUAAUAAACCAGGAGGGACUUUAACUCAAAAAAUUUUAUAUCUAGAACCCCAUGACUACCAGAUUAAUUAUGUAAACAUUGAUUCAUGUCAUCAAUGUGGAAUUUUGGAGGCCAUUUUGCAGAUGUCUUUCCUGUAUAAUAAUUAGGUCUUUAGUGGCGAGGAAUUAAGAGAGAUGGCUAGUGUAUUUGGAGGCUAGUUUGCGACCAACCGGUCACAAUUAAGAGGUUGAGAUUUUGAACAGUUACCGAUCAAAUACUUGCCAAGACCAUUUUUUCAUGCUGCACUGCAGGCACACUACAUAUACAGCUCUACAUGUACUUUGAACCAUAACAAGUUGAUUCUGAAAGGCCUUCAAUACUUGAUUUUCCUAUUUUUAAGGCUGUACUCUAAGAAAAAUUAUAAGGAGCCCAAUGCUCUGUACUUGUGAAACGCAGGGUACCCUACAGGGUACCCUGCAGUGGUCUAAAGGAGCUGGGGCCGAGAGCACAGCCUGCAUCCCUGCUGUGUUUAUCUGUAAUUUUUAUUUUUUGUUUGGUUUUCAGUUCGGAGUAAUAUUGCCCUUUUCAAGCCAACAAAUCAGUCAAGUACACUAAAUGUUUACUAUGCUAGCAAUGCGGUGGAUGGAGAAAAGGAUUUACACUACAAAAAGUGUGCACACACUAACCAAGAAAGCGAUCCUUGGUGGAGAGUAGACCUGGGGCGAGUAGAGCCUGUAGCUGAAGUAAAUAUACUUAACAGAGGAGACUGCUGUGGGGACAGGUUAAACGGAGCUGAGAUGAGAGUGGGUAGGUAGUAAGUGUGGGAGAUCAUUGGCUGUAAUCAGUUGCACUGCCUUUUAAGAUUUCUCAGAAGAAAAGUAUGUAAAAUCGACCUCUGUAUUUGUAAAAGUGUAUCAAUAGCAUUUUCUUCCUACAUAGUUUAACACAUUCAUGUAAAUUCAAAUUCCCACAGAUUCUAUUUGAGUGAGCCAGUAUAUAUGCCAAUGUAAAGGUUUUGCAAGUGAGAUUGCAGCACUCCCCUGAUCUUGAAGAGAAUGCCAAGAUUGUUUCUUUGUUACCUUUUCAACUAUUAUUAUACAUGAUUGUGUUCAAAUACUGCAUAUUUUGUAGUUCCAGAAAAUAAUACACCCCACCCACGGAGGGCACUUUUGCUUAAAGCCCCACUCCCUGGAAUUUCCAUUCCAGCAGGUACUCGUCAUACCCCCCGUCCCCUGUAAUUUCCGUUAUUAUUCAACUUGAUUGGGUACCCCCUGGAAAGAAUAUUUGUGUCAAAAAUGUUGUUGCACUUUAUUAUUAUUGUGUAAAAGAUAAUUUUUUCUGCGAUAAAAUGAGAUAAAAAAUCUUUUCCUUUAUGUUAACAGGGUGUCUAAUUAUCUCAAGGACUUUCUAAUAAGUAACCAUAGAGGCGAUCGGCCUUACACUACUGACUACACAAAUAAUGUCAUCUGCAAAAGAACCCAUUACAUUCAAACUAAACACCGCGUGAAAUUUAAUUGCCUCAUCAGUAAGAACAUGUUACAAGAAGGCUUAGAACAUGAUCAAAUUACGGUGAAUCAGAUGGGUAAUAAAGCAACAGCCACUAAACAGCUAGAUAACCAGAAGUUUAUUCAUGAGCCGAUGACAUUGUAUCAAUGAAAACUGUCGCAUUAGCUGUGAAAAAAGCAUUUAGCCGACGGUAGAUAAAAGAUGAUCAAUGCAACACCGGUAACAGUCAAAUAACUUAUUAUAGCUUGCUCAACAGAGAAGCUGUUAUUCAUUAAUAACUCACCAAUCUUACUCAGAACCCUGGAAAAAAACUCUGUAAGCAGCCCACACCCCCCGGAAAUUGCCUUCUUUUGGACCCCCCUUCCCUCGGAAUUACCGUUGCCCUCCGUGGGGGGGGGGGGGGGGGACGUAUGCGGGAUAUUUUCUGGAACUACACAUUUUCUUUUAUUCACUUUGCAAGGAAAUCAAACAGCAAAUGGGGGAGCGAACAACCAUCUUUGUGCAGAUAACAUACAAAUCCCAACAGCAAGUUCCAAGACAUAUGUCUGUCGUCCCGAAGCAUAUGGCAGAUAUUUGUACAUCAGAAUACCUGGCAAUAACAAAAUGUUGACUCUCUGCGAGGUUGAAGUUUAUUCAUUAAGUAAGAGUGUUAAUCUUUCCUCCUGUUUAUUUUGUAGGUAUGCAUGUUGCUUGUGUGUGUAUCUUUUGUAUCUUUGUUUUUAGCCUUUUACUAAACAAGUAAUCUAAAAAAAAAAAAAAAAAAAAACACUUGCCAUGACCAUAUUUUUAUGUAUGUAUAGCUGUACAUGUACUUUGAACAUUAACAAGUUGAUUCAGAUGAACCUUCAGUACUUGAUUUCCUUUGUUUAAGGCUGUACUCUAAGAAUAAUUCUAUGAAGCCCAAUGCUCUGUAGCUGAGAUUUUCUAGUCACCCAAGAACAGAAGUAAAGACCUACAAUCAUGGACAAAAGUCUUGGGACAGUUGUACAAUUCGAACGCUUUUUAACACACGCGAAAUUGUAUUCGCGCGCUACUAGCACUGUACGUCCCUACCCACUCCCCCCACCCCAACAGACAGUGUUGAAACCGUCAAGGCACAAUUCCUUUGAUCUUUCAACAUUGUAUUGGGUGAGGAGAGGGGAGGGGACAUGGAUUUGUAAAAACACAGCACUGCUUUUUGCGACAGAACUUGUGAAACGCAUAGAAUUGAAGUUACGUUCUGAUUGUCCCAUGGACUUUUGUCCAUGAUUGUAGUUGUCUCCAGGAUCUGGGGAAAGCACAGCCUGCAAGCCUGCUUCGUUUAUCCAUAAUUUUUAUUAUUUGUUUGGUUUUUAGUUCAGAGUAAUAUUGCCCUUUUCAAGCCAACAAGUGAGUCAAGUACGUACAGUGGUUCUGCUAGUAAUGCAGUGGAUGGAAAUAGGAGUCCAUACAUCAACAAGUGUACACACACUCGUGCAGACAACAAUGCUUGGUGGCGAGUAGACCUGGAGCGAGUAGAGCCUGUAGUUGAAGUGAAUAUAGUCAACAGAUACCGAUUGGCAGACAGAUUGGAUGGAGCUGAGAUAAGAGUUGGUAGGUAGUAAGUGUGGGAGAUGCUGUAAUCGGUUGCUUUACCUUGUUAAAAAAUGUUCCUUGUUCAUUUUGAAAUAAUUUAAUUAAUCUGAGAUUAUUUUCCAUUUCUCAGAAGAAAAUUAUGUGAUCACUGUGUUUUGUAAGAGUGUACAGAUAUUUAAUACCGAUAGCAUUCAUUUGUAACGGCUUUGAUUGCCUCCUUCCGAACCCGAUUUAAUAUUAAGUUUGAUCUUAUCUAUUUCCGCUAGGCUGAUAAUUUACACGUGAUUCCAAAAAAGUUAUAGUCUUACCCGAAACCGCAUUUUAGUUAGUUGGCCUUUGUCUUGCUACUGUACUCAUCAGGAGUGUCAGUUAAGUCAGAAGUAAGAAUACUGAAAGUUCUGGAGGAUCGGUAAAGAGGGACUGUUAUGUAAGUGAUUUUUACUCUUUUCUAAGGUUCAGUAAAUUUAAGUUAAAGAUUUUGUUUUGUAUUUUCGCUAGUUUUAACCACAGUUUUGCCAUUUCAAGUUUUGUUCACGUUGCAUGGCUUGAUCGCUAUUUCAUAGCCUGACGUAAAAUGUUUUUGUGGGUUAUUGGUCAAUACUAGUUUUACUGUCUAUCCAUUCAGCCUUUGUAGCAUAAUAAUUAGAUUUUGGAUUAUCGUGCGUCGUAGUUUUGAUUUUGCUCACUAUGUAACUGUGGAAUGAUUGGAAUGCUACUGUACCCAUAUUUCAGCACGCUCAUUGUCUGAGUGCACGUCAAUUUAUCCCAAACAGUGCAGAAAGCUGAAAUUUGUUGUCGCUGUUGUUUUAAUUUUUAACUUCGCCUUGCGUAAAAAAUUUCAUAGUUGCGCCUGUUCCGUUUGAGCAGGUUGUCCAGCGGCAUGGUUGCUCAAGUAAAUAGUAAAAUAGGAAACUCAGGAUUGAGAAAAUAGGAAAAAUAGGAAACUUUGAAUUAAAAAAUAGGAGAAAAUUAGGAAAAUCAAUAGUACUUUUCUCGACAAAGAUAGACUCCCUGCACCACAUCAGGGUUAUAAUAAAUGCUACAAGUCCUCAGCUUCAACUUUCGCAGGUAAGAAGGCGUGAAAAUGAUCAGUAGCGUUUAUUUUAUUGGCUCAGUAUGUGUAAUCAGAACUGAUGAUAUGCUUGACAAGAGGUUUAGCGUGGUUUUAUAAUCAAAGAUGAUCAUAAGAUUCCCUUCAAGUUGGCGGCAAAUCUUUGAAAAGCUUCAAAGACUGGAAUUUCUUAAGACAGAAAUUUCUUACCAUUGCGUUGUCAUUAAGGGAUAUCGAACUGGGACUUAAAAGUCCUAUGGAAAGCUUUCCUUCCAUUAAUCUGCAAUCGGUAGCUGGUUGAGAAUAUGCUUGUUUGAGUCAAAUUUUAAUUUAAGGACAGAACCACACUUUCCACUGUGUAGGCAAAAUGACACUGAUCUAUUUGGUACCAUAUUGUAAGUGUGUCAUGGUUAAGUUCUAAUAUAUAGAUUUAGCCAGGGCUAAAAGCGAGGCUCCCAUUAAUAUAUUCAUCAUUUAAAUCAAACAAUAAACUUGUAUUCCACAAUUCAGUUAACUUUAGAGCACAUAGCACAUUUAUGUGGCUUUUGAGGGAAAGGCUAAGUGAUUUUAGAGAAAAAUAAUUUGCAAACAGCCCAAGAGUGAACAAAAUCUUACAUCAAGUUGAUAGCCUCAUAUGUACACCCAAAAAAUAGCAAUCAUCUUCGAUCACAUUUAGGAGCCAUAAUGGCUCUUGAUCACCGUAAGAUUAAUUAGGCCUGGAAAAAAAAUCAGGCCGAAUUUUUUUGCCUUCGACAAGUUUACUUUUACAAAAUCUUGCCAACAAAUCCGGGUGCGUGUAAACCAACCUUUUAUACCAUUUAUACAUCACAUCUGAGGUGAAACAGUACUAUGAGGUACUGUUUUUAUCAUACAGACCUCGGACAGAAUGCAGUAUUUUACAAUUUUGCAACACAAAUUGCACUCAUUCAAUAUUCAGGACGAUCGAAGCACGCGUGGGGCUUUUUAAACUGUUAAAAAAAUUUCCAAAAUCAUAUACGGCCAGCCGGUUCUCACUUUUGCAGUGCGAACUGUAGCGAGUAUUUGAACGAACAUACUAGAGUUAAGCUACAACAUAAAAAAAAAUUAUUAUGUUUAUUCAGUUUUAUUAAAUGGUUUUAUCCAUGUGUAAUAUUUAAGGUGGCUCGACUGGAUUUUUUGGGGUUGAUACCUCCCAACUUUGAGCAUUAACUACGUCAGCAUGAGUAAAGACAUGGAAAAAAGUUACCACAACUGUGUUAUAUAAAGAUGAAAAUUUCUUAUGACCUUGGUUUUAUUGCAAUCGGAGUCGCCAUGGCAACGUAAUGACGCCAUUACGUUUUUCAUUUAUCUUUGUGUUUCUCUGUACCAGGAGUUUUUUGACGAAAUCGCUUAAGGAAGUAUGUACCUGCCAUAAUUGCCUCCAUUAUGGCAAGGUUUAAAGAAAUUCUGUGAGAGGGUUUUCGAAAUAUUUUGAAAUGCAGUUUUAAGAAUCAUAAAAACAGUGAAAUAGCAUACUAGCCGCACAAUUCGCUAAUAUUUUAAGAAAAUGAUAAGCUUUAGGAACGCGGCUUGUUCUCAUAGUGGUUUGAUUCCAUUGAAAACUGCAUACAAAAAAAAGAGGGGAAUUGCUCUGCGCGAUCGCAAGUAAGAAGGAUUUUAUUAACUUGCAUUCAGCUACUUUUGAUACAGUUUUUGGAGGAAAUUUGGUCCAUGCCUAAAAAUUUCGCAUUUUUCCAAAAACCGCUCGAUAAAUUUUUUUAUAAAUUCGACAAUCCCGAGAUCAAUCGUCAAGAAAUAUUCCCUGCAAGUUUUAAGAACAUUGAAAACAGGGAAGGCUUUUAAAUAGGGCCUCAAAUAUAGCCAAUUUUCCCCCCAGAUUUUGUGUUUACAAGCGAGCGUCCUCAUUAUUCACUGGCAUUGUAUUCAAGCUCAAACUUGGGAGGUAUCAACCCCAAAAAAUCCAGUCGAGCCACCUUAAAAGCGCCGGUUUGCAUGAUACCCGCAGCACUGUGAGCAGGUGAGUACUCCUGCAAGCGAUGUUCACUGAACAACUGAAAACAAACGGCACGGCGAUUAAAAUUACAAGAGAGACUACCGACAAUCAAUAAAAGAAAUAUAAUUCGGUGAAAGAUAUACAGAGACAACAUUUUUCAUUGACGAAGACAAGUAUUAAAGUGUCUCUAAAAUUCCUGAGUCUUCAAGCUUAAAGCUUAAGUUUAUGUUUUAAGCCGGCUUCCCGGUAUUUACUUUUUUCAAAGAUGAACUCGAGGCAAGAAAAUCGCUCAAAGCUUUCUUUUACAGCCAGAAUUAUAACUAAAUGUUCUUUGGAACGUUUUCUUUCUAUUUGCGGUGAGAAAAUGUCUAAAGGCUUUUUAAAGUUCUGUAAGCUUAUAUCAAACCUGAUUCUUGAUCAUAUCAAAUUGUCUCAAAUCUUACAAACGUGCAUAAACUACAUAGCCGCAUAAACUGCGCUCGACUUCAUUAAAUUGGAUGUAAAAAACAAACAUCAAACACAAUAAUUACUGAGGCUUACCAUUCGAGAUGCAGCUCCUGAAAGGUAUCAAGGAAGGCCAGUAUCGCUUCAGACUUUUCAACCCUUUAUACGCAUCAAGCAAGGUGAAAAGGGAAAUCGAUGCCAUCCGAAAUCGGAUUUCCGACUUUGACAAGUAAUGUAUUAUUUUCUCAACCAAAAACCAACUAGCCAUGAAUAACAGCAGACCCCUGAUAGCAGCUGAAUUUCAUUUUGUGCAUCCAGUGGAAAAAGUCAGUUAAAAACAUCACAAGUUGACACAAAACUCUCUCAACUUCAGCUGUCAAAGUAAACAAGAUUCAAGAUGCUGCAUAAAUUUUCCGCAUGAGCUCACCUGUCAAAUUUUGACCAAUCAGAGCGUAAAAAUUGGACGUAGAGCGUGACCAACGCGUGACCAUGGUGAUCAAAGUCAAAAACAAGUGCCUUCCCUGCCUGUAAUAGCUGGCUGAAUUUUCGCGUCCGAGGUCAGUUUUAAAUCAAAAUUUUAAUUGUGCGGCACAAAAACAAAACAUAUUUCAUAUGAAUUAAAAAACAAUCAAACUUGAGCCUGCGAUCAUUUGAAAACUAGUAACUUGUCAGCAGAUAACUUCAAAAAAUACUCGACCUCGAUGGGUCCACACCUGAGCCCGCGAUACGGUCAAGUGAUACUGGUCAGCGGAUACCCUGUUUUGACAGCUGUCAGUUGAUCACAACAUUGAUGUCCAAUGGACGUGUGCAUUAUGAGUUUUCCUGUGCUCUCAAUUUAGCUAGAAAGUAUGAGAUUGAACAUUGAUUGCGAGCUAGUAAAACAACUUUUCAGCGGACAGCUUCCAAAUAAAUCACGUCACCUUGAUGAGUUGACACAUGAGCCCCCGAUAUGGCAAUGUGAUACUGGUCAGUGGCUAUCCUGUUUUGACAGCUGUCAAUUGACCAUAUUGUGAAUGGCCAAUGUAAAAAAAUAUGGGUUUGCCAAGACACACCUGAGACACCCCUCACUUGCUUUUGAUAGUCUCCCCUACCCUACCCGCACAAUCUGUAGACGCGUACGUACGUACGUACGCUCGGUCAGUCACGUGACAACCAAACGAAAAGAGGUUACCAUAUUCUAUGAGUAUGGGGCUCUGUCCCACGCGCGCUUCGCGCGCGAGGGAGCCCCGCUAUGAAGAACAGAACACUCUGCUUACAUGUAGCUAUGACUGCAAGACUGGUUUCGCAAACAAAAUAUUGGAUCCUUCGUCAGUUGCUUGGGUAUACAGUAUAGCUCUUAACAAGCUAAAGGGCUCACCAAGGGAGCUAGCGCUGUAGACUAAACUUUGUCUGUUCUUUUCAUGUAGCAUCCAGAAUCAGCUAGUGAUUCGUUUUUUAAACAAGAAGCUGAUUGGAUUAUUUAUCUGCCCUUUGUUGUGAGAGGACAAAUUGAUCCUGUUUUCAGUUUCAAAAAUAAUCAUAAAAGCGUACAUACUGAAAUGUAGUUUCAGUAGGCUAUGCACAUUAUUAUUCAAUGGUCAUCAGAACUAUAACAACAUGCAAUACAUGUAGGUGCACUAGAAAAUUAUACAACAAUUAGCAAUAUAACAAAGUUGUUAACGGAACUCUAAUAGGCAAUAGAGGACAUGGAAAGAACAAAUGUAACUGUUAUUUUUGCUGAUAUUAGAACAUCAAACUACUUACUUUUUGCUGAUAUUAGAACAUCAAACUACUUUCUUUAUGAUAAAUCUCACUCAAAAACACAUACAACUAUAAUUCCAUUUUCAGUUUUCUUACAAACACGUUGGUCGGUUGCUAUGAGAAAUAGUCCCGUUGCUAACCCUAGGGGUCACGUGACGACGCGAUGCCUGCUUUGAGACAGCGACUGCGUUUACGCCAAGGGCUCAUUUUGUUCGCCUUUUAAAGGCUAAAUAAAAGCUUUAGGAAGCAUAUUUUUGCAUUAAAUACUAAACCUGACCAUUCUUUUUCGAUCCUGCUGGGAAAAUCAAAGCCUUUUUGUCAAGUUUCUACGGAACGGCUCGCUGAAAAGUGGUACUCUACGAGCAAACAUUCGGUUUACGAAGCCCAGCGGUCAAUCGGACCGAGCAAAUUUCGGCAUUUCUGGAGACCUGGCACUAUAGGAACAAUUUUUUACUUAGGGAGUCCUACUGUAUAGAAGAAAACAUUAGAAUAAUUGACGAAAAUAGCGGUUUUCCCAACCUACAAGGUAGGAUUUUGACCAUUUGGCAGCCUAGAUCACUCCGAAUGCCACAAAACACUAAGUUGAAAAUGAACUUCGACUCUUAUGGCGUCUUUUUCAUCUGAAGAAUCAGACGAAUCAAGGUAAGAAAACGCACUGUAAACACGAUUUUUUACCACGGUCCGUUCUGGUCGCCAUCUUGAAUUCCUGAGACUGAAUAUCGAGUGUUCUGUUUACCUGUAGCCCUGAAGGUGCCCCAAUAUCUUGCGGAAAGAGCCGAAAAUGUAGUAAAAAGAAAGGUCAUCAAGGUAAAUGUGACUCCAGAGGCCGUGAAGUUAAUGCAUUCUGGAAGAGAUCUCCUUUGUAUGCGAUUUAUAAAGAGGGACAGCGGCUGGUAACCGAGCCUAGGCAAAUCCUUGAAGAAAGCUUCACUGCCCUGCAAGUUAAAGAGGAGGCUUUGUCCAAGAAAGAGGAAGAUGUUUCAGCCUUACAGAGGCAAACAGAAGCUCUUUUUAAGGACGCAGGUAAAUAAAGCUUAGAUGCUACCUGAAAUAAGGUGACAAUAAUGUAAUAUCUGCGGUGAAAUAAGUCAAUGGUAUGCGUGACAUAUAUCACUGUAGGUUGAUUAAGUCGGGGAGAUUUGUCAUGAUUGAGAUACUCCUUGUUGCUGUAAAGGCUCUGAUCUAGGCUUUUGCUUUCCAGAAAAUGCAGUACAACAGUCAAAACAGGAGAAGGAAAAACUUGACAAGGAAAUUACUGAAGUGGAGGGAAGACUCAAGGAACUCACAGAGGCUUAUGAGAAAGUCAGGAAGCUUUUGGAACAAAAGGGUUAUUCCAGAAGACGAAGGGGCUUUGCAAGCACUUCAUUUGAAAUGAUUAAUGAUUAUAAGUCCAGCACUAGAUAUAGAAGAAGGGAGGAGUCCAAAAACAUACUAGAAUUUAUUCAUGGGGGUACUGAACCAUCAUUGUAUGGAGCAUGGGAUUUUUUAUCUGCCAAUGCAAGUAAUGAAAUUAUGAGCAAAUUAAUCAGUACGUACAAAAGGGGUAAAUUUCUUCAGGGUAUUUUUGGGAAAGCUGUUAGUGAUUAUCACAAAUCAGAGGAUGCAAUUAAACAAUCAUUAGCACUGAAAUACCAGAGUUUUUUAUCCAGAAGAAAGUAUAAUCUUGUAUGUAAAACACAAAAUUCAUUUUUUAGUGCAGAUAAAGAGGUCUGGCUGCCACGUAACAUGAAAUGUCUUGGGGUUGACCUGAGGUUACCGAAACUAAGUGUAUCUGAUGAAAGUGUUGACAGGUUUGUUAAAAGUUUGGACAUUGGUCACGUCACACAGUUACCAGGAGUAUCGGGUGUUUCUCGCACGGUGACAGGCUUGGUUUUUAUGAUUAUUGAUUUACACUUACGAGUUCCCCAUCUUUCACAAAAACUAGUGUGGUUCAGUGAAAAUGAAAAUCAUUUUAUUUUUCAGUUCUCUGAUGAUGGAGCUCCAGAAACAAGCGAGUUAACAAUGUCUAUUGGAAGUAUGGUGUGCUGGAACUUUGGAGAUCAGGUGCGGAGCAGGGACUUUCAGUACCUUCUCCACUGUGUUAGUGUUCAGGAAAAAGAUCGGCUUAUGCAUGACCUCUGGGAGCAACACACUGAGGAGAUGAAGAUUUUAGAAGGUAACAUUUUAACUGUAUGCAAUAAGGAUUGUACUGUAGAAUUUCAGCCAGGUGCAGACAUGUCAUGGCAGAGCUGGGCUGCCAAUGAACUCAACCAAGCAGCUACAUAUCCUUCCCCUUAUGCCAAUGUGCAUAAAGGUAACAUGUACACCAUGGGUGGAACUAUUGGUUUCAGUGACAGUGACACCUGGAAGCCCUUCACUUUAGAGAAAAGAAAGUCACAUGUUGAAAAGGUAAGAAAUUUUAUGUCUUCUCUUCCUUCUAGUUUGACAGAAAAAAACAGGCAUGCUAGAAAGCUACAGUUCAUGGCUGAGAAUGGCAUCCGACAGCUAGGACCCCCUAGGAUUGGGCAGUUUGCUGACCGGCUGAGGCCAGAACCAAUGCAUUGUGAGAUCAAUGCUUGGCAGCACUAUAUUGAUCUUCUUUACUUGGAAGCAGUGAUGCGAAAGAAAUUUGACCCUUUUGUUUCUGUUUUGGCAGCACCCUUGGGUAGAGGAGAUGAAGAUGACAUUGAUGAAGUACAACCGCAAAAGUCACUUGUGAAGAUUUCUAGCCUUGAGAGUGUUGGUGAGCGUGCUAGACAGCAAGACCUUUUACAACAAUCUGAGGAGAAACUGAGACAACACCUUGAAAAGGCAGGUAAUGGUAGUGUGAGGAAAGCUUCAGGUAAGAGGGGAUGUGGGCUUGGGUAUCUUGCCUCAAGAGUUAGGGAACACUACAGCGAUGAAUCGAACAGACAUAACAAGUUGCCAGUGAGACUGAUAGGCAAUCAAGCAAUUGCCUUGGCAAGAUAUUCCUACCGUCUUGUUGACACUUUAAAAUGUGAAAAUGAAACAGAGGCACAGAAAGCCAAACGGCUGGCUCUUGGAAAAAUAGGUGAGUAUUUGAGAAAUGCAGGGGGACUUUUUAACAGAAUUGAGACUAAUUCUGCUCAAGUUGCAGAACUGAAGGAAGUGUGCGAAAUGUAUUUCAAUCUCAUCUCUUUGUUUUUUCCUUCCAGUGUGAAUGUCACAACGUGGACAGUGGGAUAUGCUAUUCCCUAUCAUGCAAAUUUGUUGUUUAAAUUGUAUAAGGUUGGUUAUGGCAUUGUCUCAUUGCAGGCUAAAGAGGCCAAACAUUCUGGUGUGAAAGAUGAUUUGACUUUAACUAACAGGUCAACUGCAAUAACCCCCAUUGGUAAGUGGUGGCAAGUUAUGAGAAGUAACUAUGUUCGCUCCUUUUAUCUGCCAGAACAUCAGCCCAUGCCCUCCUCUUAUACUUCACACUACCAGUCUCGCUCCCCACCCCAUUGUAACCAUUCAAAGUUUUGUAAAUGUGGUAGAGAUAAAGACAGAGAUGAGCUCAGUUGUGAUGUCUGUCUGUCUAGCAUUGAGGUUGUGACCUCUGCAAACAAGAGAGAACUGACACACUCAUUGUUGUUCGCUUUUAAACCAGUGGUUUGCAAACAGUGCAACACCCGUUUCGCUGAUAACGUAUUAUUGUCGUCUCAUUUAAAGUUCUGCAAUUUUGCUGGGUUAACAAGUUCAAAAAUAAAACCAGGUACAAUGACAGUACCCGCCUUGAAAGAAGCCUUGCGCUUGAGAGGAUUGAGUGUUGCAGGUAAUAAGGAGGUUCUUGUAAAACGUCUUGAAGGUGCUCUAGCUGGGGAAGGUUAGUAUCAUAUUUUUUAGAAUAAUAAACCCUGUCAAAAGACUGCUAUUUCUGACCUUUCUUUCCCAUGUAUUUUUUCUUGCUUAAAUUGCUUUAUUAUAUGAUAUGCAAGGUAAACUUUGAGGGAAGAAAUCAUAACUUGCCCUUUCAUCAAUUGGAAGAUUUUUCCCAAUUUUUCUUAAUUGGGGCUGAAAGGGGUGCUUUGUUAGAUUUUGGGGUGUAAAGGGUUCUGUAUGAACUUAUGAUACUUUAGUUCGGGGAGCUUGGUUUUAAUGAUCACUAAUGUAAAAUAAUAUUGGUGCAGCAGCGUUGACCUGCAGCUCAUUUACCUCACAGGAGAAACACUUGAUACACCGUGUCUGUUUUCUUGAACAACUAACAUUCUACUGUGUGACCUGCUUGAAAAAAGCUCAUAGUAUUUCUACAAGAAAGUGAUGUGGUUUUAUGUAAUUUAUGAGUAGUAUGCACUUAGAAAAAAGUGGUUAUAUUUUACAGAUUAUUUUAUUGGAGAAAGUUUACAAAGCAGCAAUUUGAUCAUUAUAAAGAAACUUUAAUAGUAAUUAAAAUUAUACAGAUGUGCAAUUUUGUAAAGUAUAUCAUAAGCCAAAAAAAACAUAUCAAAUUGCCUAACAAAGUGGGUUACAAUAAUGCAACUGAAAAAGAUGAAAUAAAAAUUAUUGUUCUUCCUUAAGACCUUAAGUAUAUUAUCCAGUAAUGGAUUGUCUGAUAGAUAAUAUAUGAAAAUUUUUGUUAAACAGAUUUCUCUAUGAUUUCGGGAGUUUUAAGUAAGAGUUUUUAUUGUGAAGCAGUGAAACUCAAAGAUCUUCAUAAUAUUUUUAGGUACAUAACACUGUAAGACUGUCUCUGUAGGCUACUAAUAGUGGCUUUACCUUGUAGUAAUAAUGCAUUUAUUGUAUUCUAUUUUCUAUCUUCGACUAGAUAUUUAAGUUAUUUAGUAAUCAAAAUCCUUUUAUAUCUGAAAGAAAUAUUUUCAUUUCAAAUAAAUGAUUGAGACAACCUCAAUGUUGUUGUUGUUGACUUCAAGUGUUCAAGGUCAAAGUGAUGCUCAAACAGAUCAGUCUAAUCAGUCCUGUUGUUGCUCGGUCAAGUUCAUGAGUUUCUGUAAAUUAGAAUCCUUCGCAAAACCAUUUCGGUCAUAGCGCUGAACGUAAAAAGUUGUGGUGAUCCUCUGAUGUUUCAUGGAGAACUUUAUUUCAAUUGGAGUUGCUUGCGUGACAACAACGAUUGAUUUGCCACUGAAGGUUUGAAUUAUUCGACCCUUCUCGGGAAUUUUUUCAUAGUGUCGCUUCUUUAAAAAAUUCUCCCCUGAAAAUCUUGCUGGCGACCAAAUUUUCUCCGCCGUGUCGGGUCGUGUGAUUGUCAACGUUAUUUUCUCUCCUUUCUUUGAGGAUUCAAUGUUUCCGCCAUAACCUUGUACCAGGACCCACAGAUGCCUGAAGAUUUGGAAGGGCAUAAAUAAGACGACGGGUGCCAUGAGACCAGUCAUUCUUGAUCUGCCGAGCUUGGCAUGAAUUGAAAGCCCGAUUUCUUUUAUAAACCCAUCCAACAUGGGGCCAAUAAGCUCAAGCUUGUUCCCCGUGAGCUCUUCCAGGACGGGGUCGAGCUCCCUCAUCCCGUAGUUCGGCUUGCUCUCGGCGAAACGAACCCUCUUCAUCCAGUCAUGUUCAACGGAAAAUUUCAUCUCCACCACAUUUCUGUUCCAAAAGCGGUCCCCUCUUUCUGUAUUACUUUCCACCCCGAGAGGCCUCAAAUUUAACUUUCUUGGGCUUUCGAUAACUUUUCCACUUGCCGCCAUUUUGAGAAUGUUUUUCAAUUUUUGCUUUUGGCGCCAACCGCCGCUGACAAUUUCUGCGCCAGUAAGCAACUAAAGUUGCGGGAGGAAAACCCAUAGCAACCGACCAUCGUGAAAUUUUGGCUUCACCAGCUAAACAACAGGAAAAAUAGGAGGUUUCAGUUUAAAAACAGGAGAAAAUAGGAAUAGGCUCACAAAAUAGGAAAAAAUAGGAACUGGACACCCUGGCUUUUCGUAAAUCCGGCCAAACCUUCAAUGAUUGCGACCAUCAUUAUUUUUAGUCACAUUAUGGCUUAAAUACAGGCGUUUGGUAUUUGAUUGUAAAACUCCCUGAAGAAGUCCACGUUAGUUAGACGAAACGCGUAGGAGAAUAAACAAGUUUCACAGCAACAGUUCGCAGAGUGCUGCUCACUAUAGUCUAGUUUUAAAAAUUUUUAAAAAUUAAAAAACUAUGAAAAUUUUUAAAAAUUGCAAAAAAAUUAAAUUAAAUUGAUUGUCAGCCUCAGAUGAGUUAAGGAUCUGUCAGAAGAAUAAUCGACAACUUCUUUAUGUAAUUUGUCUCUUCGGUAAGGAUUAAGAAUGUGCAAACAGACGUAAAUCACAAGCCAUGUAACCAUGAAGCCAUUCUGAUUUCAGCAGCUACUUUCACGCGGCAUUUUGAUCCACACCCCUAGAAAGAAACCACCAAAAAACAAAAGCCAAAUAACAAAUUGCAAAAUUCUUGACUGACAAUCAGACAUGAAAAAUGUCUUGAGACAAAAAGACUAAGUUUUCUUUACAACUCCUUUAUUAUUUACAGUCACUGUUAAAAAAGCUUGUAUAUUUUCAACACGAGGCCAUACAUCGUCUCAAAUUUAUCUACCGAGUCACCCGUAAGAAACUUAAAAUAAUUAUGCACGCCGUUAAACGAGACAAAAAUAUGUAUUAACUCAAACUCAUCUGAGAUGCAACUCCUGAAAGCUAGUAAGUGAGGUUCGUAUAGAAACGCUUUAGUUUUCUCUGUUAUUCUGCUGUGAAAGCCGGCAUGAAAGUUCUUACAAAAACAGCCAUCGAUGAAACCACAGUUGCGACGCUUUCCUCGACCAAAACCCAAAUAAACAAACCACAACAUUGGCGGAUCCAGGGGGGAUCGUUGAGUUGGGGAAGUUUUUAAACUUGUCUGGUUACCCAUGUCUAUCCCUUUUUCAUACCAAAAAUAAUAUUAUAAGUUAUAAUUUAAGUUCCAGUCCAAUCGGCCAUUACAAGAAGACUGUUGCUAUUCCUCUUCUUGAAUUGAUUCCUCACGUAUCCAAAUGCAAGAUCGAUUUUAUGACGAAGAUCACCACGCUCACCAUCUGCUUUGUCUCGUGCCAUCGAUUAUGGUAAAUAAGGCACUGCAGCUGGAUCGGAUAAAAGUAAAAGGCGCGCUGUUCUGGGAGAAAGACAUUCCAUCUCUGAAAUCCCUUGGAAAUGAGGUACGUAGAUGGAAAACACUCUGGCAGUCAACUGAUAGGGAGCUUCCAAACAACCUUUUAUUAGCACUUGACGAAGGGGUUUUUUUAAACAUCUAUCGCCUUCUGGUCGUGACCUGCCCCCUAACGAUCACAAGUGGAGAAGCUGAGUUGUCGUUUUCACUGAUGAAAUGAAUCAAGACCUGCUCUAGGUCAACAAUGGAGCGAUUCUCUGAUCUCGCAGUGAUCGUCAUGCACUACUCCGAAAGUUUCGAGGUACAGUAGAUGAGAUAUGCGAAGCCUUUGUAAAGGCUCAUCCAAGAACGCUCUGUCUCUGAAAACUGUCCGAUUUGACCUGUCCGAUUACGGGAGCUUGUAAUCGGACAGGUCAAAUCGGACAGUUAUAGAACCAAUGAAAACCAAGUAGCGAAUGCCACAAGCCAUUGAAGUUUGACCACAAAGCACAAGAUAACCGAUCAAAAUCAAUGAAGAAAUAGUGACCAGGUAAGCUGUCCAGCUUCAACUGGAAAAGAAAAAUGGAUGAAACUAACUGGUCCAGUGACUUUUAUUCACAUUAAUAAAUAUUCCAAAACUGAGAUUCUCGCAUUUUGUUACUGACACAAUUAUUCGAUGACGGGACUUCGUGUCAUACACCACUCAGUCCUAUUACCAUUACUAAUAGUGCCUCAAAUUCCUCUGAAACAUAUUCAAACAUAACCCUAACCUUCGUCACCCUCCCCCAUUCCCACCCUUCCCCCUCCCCCAUUCCUUGGCCCUGGGACGUUUGAAAAAAUCCUGGAUCCGCCCCUGCACAACAAAUUAGGAAUCUUGUUAGUACAUGUAUUUAUUUCCGUCGUGGCAGUGGAAAAACAUGACGAAUUAAAGACACAAACUCAGCCAAAAUGACAAAAGGCUUCAGUUUUCUAUAAACAAAUUUCUAGCUGCUGCGUUUUUAUCCAUCAAUAUUCGCCUGUCAAAAUUUUGACCAAUCUUGGUCGAGGUUGUCACUUGUAGGCGGGAAGAGGGAGCUGUGACAAACGCUGCGAGGUGACAUAUUAUUAACAAGUAAUCAUAUGAUUUUUCUCGUGCAAUUUGGGCUAAAACAGCACUCGUAAGUUUUUGAAAGACCACAAAUUGCACUCGCCCUGGGGGCUGGUUGGUCUUCGAAAAAUUUGCUUAAUCGUAAUCGUAAUCGUAAUCGUAAUUUAUCGCGUCGAACCCGAACAAGUUGGUUCUUAAGGCUUCGGGCGCCGAUCCGUUACAAACAUUUUCCUCCUACAUAGUUACAUUCACGUAAAGUCAAAUUCCCACAGAUUCUGUUUGAGUGCUGAGCCAAUAUAUACAUGAAUGUAAAGGUUUUGCAAGUAAGAUUGCAGCACUCCCCUGAUCUUAAAGCAAAUAACAAGAUCGUUUCUUCGUUACCUUUUCAACUAUUAUUGUACAUGAAUUGUGUUCAAAUACUGCAGUAAAUGUUACCUCAUAUUUUCUUUCAUUCGCUUUGCAAGGAAAUAAAACAACAAGUGGAGGAGCAGACAACAGUCUUUGUGCAAGUAACAUACGAAUCCCAGCAGCAAGUUCCAAGACAUAUUCCUGUAGUUCCAAAGCAUAUGGCAGAUAUUUGUACAUCAGAUUACUUAAAAGGGAGUUCUUGACGGUCUGCGAGGUUGAAGUUCAUUCCUAUCUUAAAUCAGAAAGUAAGAGCACUUUUCUUUCCUCCUGUUUAUUUUAUAGGUAUGCAUGAUGCUUGUGUGUGUAUCUUUUGUAUCUUUUUUUUUUUGCCUUUUACUAAAAAAGUAAUCAGUUUUUAAAAUCGUUUUGUAUAGUUCACAUAUAAAACGUUUCUGUAUUUUUUUAAAUCAAUCUGUUCAUUUUUCUUUUGUGGUGUUUGCCUUAUGUGAUACAGUUAUGGGAUAAAUUUUUCUUACCAAGGGAAUUCAGUUUUUAACAACGAUUUCAACAGUGUAGAAUAUUUUAAAUUCCCUUAAAUUUAAGUUUACUAAGGUGCAUUGUAUUUUUUUGUCUCUUUACAUCAUCGUUAAUAUUGUCCACGACAAUCAGCCGGGAGAACCUUGAGAAAUAAAGGGGCGUCUUUUAGUGUAUACUGUAUUGUAUGUUAAGCAGUAUUCAGUGAAUAUGAAAUGAUUAAGUAUGAAGAAAUUCGCGCCCCUUUCCCCGCUAGUUUCUUGGUGAGUUGCCGACGUGUGCGAUCACCAAAUGACAAAAUACAAAAAUUAAAAAAGACACUGACAAUACCCAAACCACAACAAGAUAGCUAACUUUCCGCCGCUGAUCAGGAGUGACAUCUUGCUCGCAUGUUCCCGCGCUUUUUUGGUUUCGACUCAACAUGGUUUUACUUUAAGUUAUGAUUGGUUCAUUAGCUAGAUUUGUCGGCGUCGUGAUUGGUCGGAGUAUUAGCUUUGGUUUGAAUUCAUACUACACUCAUUCUAAAACCGCGAAUAGGUUAAACUGGGCACCCCCACGUCGCUGUAUAUGAAAGAACAGCGGUCGAUCGGAAGCGAGUAUUCAUUGAGCUUGUAAAGUGAAGUUUAUGAAUGGAUGAUUAAUCAGUCAGGAGCCAAGAUGGACGUUAAAUUUUAAGCUCACACUUCUUACCUUAAUGAGUCGUUUUUCCACAGUCCUUUUAUUGAUAAUUUUCACUGAAAUUAUGCCAAAAGAGACAGUUUCUUCACUAAAGUAACAAAAUCAAGAUAUAAAGGAUAAGGUCGACGCUCUUUCGAAGGAAAUAGCACAGCUGAAAGAGUAGGUUCAUGUUGAGAGGGUCAUUACCUCUGGUGCUGAAGUGACCGCUACCUCUGGAAAUAGCAAUCAUAAUUCUUCGAAUGAUGAAACCGUGUCUCCUAGUCUUUAAUAUCUGAUCGAGCAUCGAAUACGACGAUCUGUCGGCCUCUUAUUAUGAUGCCGUUAAUCAUCUCAAGGCAUUAAGCCUUAAUGAGCUCAACGCUGAAGUUACACGUGUUGGCAACCCCAUUGACGAGGUUGAGGAAUAGAGCUACCAACUCAAUAAUUGACCUGCUAGAGAAAAGCAGUGAAAUCGCAUCUGAAACAAGCGCCAUGUGCGUAAAAUUAUUCCACGAGUGGGGGGCAGAAGUGUUUCUGUCGGACAUUGACAUUGCUCAUCGCGUCCACUCGAGGCAGCAAAAUGGCGCCUUGAAACUCUCAUCACCUGCAAAUUCGCGAGAUGCCUCGCAAAAGCAAGUAUCAUGGAAACUCGACAAAGUGCCUCUGAAGUCAACCAAUUAAACAUCGGUGUGUCUGCUGAUAGUGUUCUUGAUAGAGUCAGAAUCUUCGAUCACCUUACCUCCUAAAAACAAAACCUGUUGUUUGAAGCGAAGAGAUGUAAAGAACACAACCAAUACCGCUUCUGCUGGGCCAAGAAUUCCACUAUUUAUUUACGAAAGAAUGAGCGUUCCCUACAAGAUAACGAACAUUGGUAGUCUACGGCGAUUUGCUUCGGAGACCUGACAUUAUGAAUUUAAAGGCUUGUGAUUUAGACCCUAUAAAGUCUUGAUUUAGACCCUAUUCCUGUUUUUAUCAUGAAUUGUCAGGUCAGUGAUAACAAAGAUUAUCAACCUUUCAAUGGACUCUGGAAUACUUCCUACUAAUCUCAAAGUGGCUAGUGUCAAACCACUGCUCAAGAAGCAAUCUUUGAGUUCGGGUGAAUUCAAGAAUUUUAGGCCAAUUUCGAAGUAGGGUUUUGUGUCUAAAGUAGUCGAGAAAUGUGUUGCCAAGCGGCUCAUUGAUUAUUUAGAUGCCAAUGGUGUCGAUGUCUUAUACCAAUCAGCGUUCAGGAAACUUCACAGCACUUAGACUGCUUUAAUCCGAGUCCAUAAUGAUAUCGCAAUUGUCUGAGAUCAGAAAAGAUAAGUGAUUUUGCUGCUCCUUGAUCUUUCCGCGGCAUUUGAUAUUGUGGAUCACUGUAUCUUACUUUUACGCCGUUCUCGUCGAUUUGGAAUUGGUGGUAGGGCAUUGGAAUGGUUUCCAUUGUAUUUGGGUGAUCGCACUCAGUUUGUAAAUAUCAAUGGAUCUACCUCCGAGCGACGUGUUCUGAAGUUUGGUGUACCCCAAGGGUUGUUUCUUGAACCUCUUUUAUUCUCAUUGUACACCUCUCCACUGAGUGAUAUCGCCAGUAAGCAUGAACUAAGUUUUCACUUUUAUGCGGAUGACAGGCAGCUUUAUGUAACAUUCGAGGCGUCAUCCCUUAAUGAUAUGGAAUUGAGCAAGUGUAGAUUUUAAGCCUGUGUACUAGAAAUUGACCCCUGUAUACUUCUGAAUAAGCUAAAAUUAAAUAAAGACAAACCUGAACUUCUUGUGGUAUCAUCUUUACACCGUGCUCGACCUCCUUUGUGAGAUAUUCAUGUUUGUGAUGAGAGAGUGCUAGCUUCAACAAGAGCGGGAACAUUGGAGUUCUCUUCGACGAAUCUUUGAGUCAGGUGACAGCAAUGUGCAAAUCCGCAUUCUAUCGUCUCCGUAAAAUUAGGCUCAUUCGUAAACAUCUCACCUUUGAUGCAGCCCAGCGUCUUGUUCAAGCUCUUGUUACAUCAAAGCUUGACUACUGUAAUUCGUUACUAUAUGGUUUAGCUAAGAACGUGAUUAAACAGCUCCAACGAGUGCAGAACGCAGCUGCUCGUGUUGUUACUCUUUCGCCCAAGCUCUGUCAUAUUACACCUGUUCUUGCGAAUCUUCACUGGCUCUCAAUUUAUCUCUAGAUUGAAUUGAAAAUACUUAUCGUUACCUGCAAGCCUCUCCAUAGACUUGCUCCUGCUUAUAUUAAAAUGUUCUUCUGAGUUACCUCUCGGAACGGGAUCUUAGGACUUCAAAGAAAAAUCUACUUGUCGUGCUUGCUUUUAACAUGAACAGUUAUGGCCGGCGAGCUUUUUCUGUUGCUGCGCCGCUUCUUUGGAAUAGUCUUCCUCAGCAUAUUAGGGAUGCUGGAUCACUGGACAUUUUUAAAAGACAGUUGAAAACUGUUCUUUUUAGACGCGCCUUUUGAAACUGAUUACAUGACAAUGGUGUUUUUGUAUCAGGUCUUAAAUUAUUUUAUCUUUAGUUUUUGUAGUUUUUUAUUCUUAAAUUUUAAAUUUAAACUGUGAUUGUAGUUUUAAAUUUUAAGUUUAAAUAGCGCCUUUGGACCCUGGGGAAAGCGCGCUUUAUAAGUGUCUCAUUAUUUUUAUUAUUAUUGUUAUCAUUAUUAUUAUUAUAGGAAGGAAAAAAAUAUUCAACUGCAAAAAAAUAUGAACAUAAUUUACAGAAAUAUUUGAAGUACAAAUUAAGCACCAUAUAACAUUAAGAAUUAUAUAAAUCAUAAAAAGAGCAAUCACCCUGUCAAUAGCGAUUUCGCAAUUACAUCCCUUGCGUCUCAGAUGCGGUCAAUAACUCUUGCAGACAGUCCAGAGUUUUAAAUUAAGUCAUUACAAAUCCGUCUCUGAUAUUAAAAAGAAAACAAGUUAAAAAGAAUAAAAUCUCGUAUUCCUAAAUUCCUUAAUCUUUUCAGGCUAAACGUACCAUCGUAUCCAUCCAUCGUAUCCAUCGUCACCACUAUUCCCCGUAUAGUUUCUACAGAUUUAAAAGUGAACUUCCCUGUCGUGCCAGUGAUUUGAGCUUCUCUCUUCUACAUAAUAACAUCAGGAGUCUUCAGCGAAACCUUGAAAACUUUCAAGUUCAUGUAUUGGACGAGUUGAAUUUUGAAUUUAGCAUUAUAGGAGUCUCAGAAACUAAAAUUUUUAAUCAGCGGUAAAGAAAUGGAUUUUAAUCCAAGCAUACCUGGAUAUGUUUUCGAAUAUGUUCUGACACCUCUAACCUCUCACAUUUGCAGUUUUAUUGUCUAAAAAGCUCCCUUAUGAUAAAAAAACAUUAUCAAACGAAAAAACCGAGGUCUCUUUUACAGAAAAGUAGGCUUAAAAGAUGUCUGGAAUUUUUGACCAGAAUCAUCGGUUAACCCCUUUGGAAAAAUGCAUAUUUUUCGACUAUAGUAAAAUGACAUUUAUGUGGUCUAAAAAGCCUCCUUUUGGGAAAACAACAUCAUCAGACGAUAAAAAAAGAGGUCUGUAAUACCGAAAAGUAGGCUGGAAAGACAUUGGUAAUUUUUGUACCAGAAUCAUGGGUUAACCCCUUUGGAAAAAUGCAAAUUUUUUUACUAUAGUAAAAGAAAGGUGUUGGCUCGUAUAGUAAUGAUUCUCUGAAAUGUACUGUUGUUAAAGAAGUAUCUGAUGAUUAAGCCUUCCAGUCACUUUGGAUCGAAAUCGAAAGGUCUGUAUGAAGCUAAAAGUUGACAAUAGAUUACAAACGAGAAGUGGAUGUAUUCGGCGUAGUUCAUUGUGGAAGCCAUUACACUUUCAUCCCUUUUAUACUUUUCUUGUGUUUUUGUUGUUUUUGUUGUUCUGUGAGUAUGUACCUUCUACGUUAAGAAUAAUAACACGAUAAUAAUUCAUAAUAAUAGUAAUAAUGAUAAAGUCUUUAUUCAUCGAAAGAUAAAAAUAUAUUUAUCUUUUGUUACAAGUAAGUGUAAGAAAUUUUAAAAAGUUAAAAAGUAAGAAUUAAUAUAUAUAUAUAUAUAUAUUUUUAGUAUAUUACAUAGCUAAUUCACAUUUAAAAACUAGACGAUUAAUAAAAGAGUUAAAGCGCACAGUGUUAAUCUUCGGUGUAAAACAAGUUUCUUUCCUUGUAACUAGACGGUUUAACACGAGGCAUAAUAGAUAUAAAAAUGGAUGUCCUUCAGCAUUAGAAACUUUUCUGAAAAUUUUACGGUCUUGCCUCUCUAAGAAAUCAUAAACACUUAUACAGGCUUAGACGUAUAUUUCCUUUUAAAACAGCGGUGUAAGAAACAUUGUACAGGUGUAAGAUCGGACUCGGACGCGGCGUAGACAGAUAAUGCGUAAUUAACGCUAGGUGGAAUUAUUGUAUUAAAGAGAAGGUCUAUUUCUGACUGAUUGUACCCCUCUUUGUGCUGCGUUCUAAGGAUAUGUAGGGAUUUGUUAGCUUGUUUUCUUCCUCCUUUUUUUUUUAAUAAACCUAGGUUGUGUACGUUUGUUUUUCUAACUUUUUUAGGUUGUGUACUUGAUCCAGUAGGAGUGUCGGAUAGUAACGUUAUUUCGGAUCAGAGGUUUUCAGCUUCGUCAUCUCUUAGCGGCCGCAGUCCAUCUGAUGGCCGAUUAAAUGGAUCCAAUGCCUGGAUUCCUGCCACAAACAAUAACAACAAUGAUUUCCUACAGAUCGAUCUGGGUUCUGUUUACUUUGUUUGUGGAGUAGCAACACAAGGAAAUCCAAAUAAUGAUCAUUGGACAAAAACAUACAAGAUAAAGACGUCCCCGGAUAAUGUCGUGUGGACAUUUUACUCUGAGGGUGGCUCUGAAAAGGUACAUCCCUUUCUACUCUAGGUGAAGUAAUAGCGAAGUUAUAAUCGUAGAGACACUAAGUGAUAAAGGAUUGUGUUUACCUCUUAGCCACUUCAAACCAGGAAUUCAGAUGAAAUUGCUUUCGUCCCCUUUCUCUCCCUUCCGUUCGCUGUCCUCUCUCUCCUCUCCCGUCUGUACCGUCUUUAGUUUCCUCCUCCUUUUCUUCCUGCCUCCUGCCUUGCCUCUUUUCCCCCUCGUUACUACAGUCUUCCAUCCUUGGUCUUUUGCUGUUUACAUAGGAAACGUUAGGGAAAUAAGUAGUAAAAUGUAAAAGAAACUGACAUAUAUCGGACGUGGUUUUUCUUUUAAUAUCCUUCGACUUUUGUUCUGCCGGCGGCAGUCAUCGUCAAUGUAGUUGCAAUCCUCAUAAAUAGCGUUUGUUUAUAUGUUCUUGUUUCUCAUGUUAACCGUGAGGGGGUAGGGUUAGACGUACACUACGUUAAAAAGGCACUAGACGAAUUUUCGACCGGUAGAAAAAUUUGACCAGACACGGAACCGUUCAAUAUUUUCGCUCUCUUGACAUGGAACUUACAAACCAGUUUGAGAAUUGUAAUUUUUUUCAGUUGUUUUUCCAUUUACCCAUGCGCAGAGCACUACUUCACGUGAAAUCCAGUAUGGCCUCUCCCAGCUGAGUUACCACGCAUUCAUGCAACCACGGCCUUGCUACACAAAAAUUUAGAUGGUUAUGGUGUUCACACCUCUUGAUUUUUCUCAUUUCAAAUGUUUGAACGGCUAAAUUUUCGUACGGUCAGCGUGUUUCCGUGCGAAUGAAACACCCAAACGCACGGAUUUGUCUUUCAUCAGCAUUUUAUAGAAAUUUUUGUUAAUUUGCUUUUAGAUAUUUACUGGAAAUGAUGACAAGAACAGCAUUGUAAGAAGUGAAGUAUAUGUACCACCUGCUGCCAAGUUUAUUCGCUUUUAUCCAGUUACAUUUCACAACAGCAAAGCAUUAAGGGUGGAGGUGUAUGGAUCUAAGCAAGGUUGGUCUCUUACUACAUACCCAAUACAUGCACUUCAAAAGACAACCACAGCAUUAAACAAUGCACUUUGAGUGUCAAUGUAUUUAGCUCCAAAGUACUAAUUGGGGACACUAUUAUCUACGUCUGCUACUGGAGAAGGGACCGCCAUUUUGCCAGGUCAUCCGAGCCACGCGAAGGUCUACUUGUUUGUAGGGCAAAGGAGGUACCUUCAUUUCUCGGUUAUUUUAAGACCCAGAGUAUUGGUCCGGCCCCGGGAAUCGAACCCGCGACCUUCCUCUCUGCAGUCGAACGCCCUACCGACUUAGCUAACCCUGUCGCUAAAUUUUGGUUUGUACAUAAGAUGCAAGGAAACUGACUUACCACUUGGUUCAGUGCUCAGUUUUAAUAGGGAGCUUAAGCAUGCAACCACGACGGCGACGGCAUCAAAAACCUCACUUAACAAAAAGCAUCUGCGCUCUGUCAAACUUUAUCGCUUUUGAUUCAUCACGCUAAAGUUGUCAAAUGUUAGAGAUUUUUCUGGGAGUUGUGUUCUAAAGUUUAGUAUCACAGUUUUAAAAAAAGAAAAGGAAAAUCGUUGUCUUGCGUUCACAUUCUCCAUGAUACGUCAAGUUAAGAAGUUUCACGUCAUUGUCAUGCAGUGACAGCAACGAAAUGUGCAAAAAUACUUAAUGCUCGUGCAAAAUUUUUGUUUUUCACACGUAUCCGGUUUUGUUUGAAAAAAGAUAUUUUUUCUCCGGUUAAGCCUACCUUCCACACUCACUAAUGCAGUGAAAAAUGAUCACCGAAAAUACGCCUUUUCAAUAACGCUCUUUAGAGUGGAGAUUUUUCAAAAUGUACUCGGCUUUUCUUUUACGUGUGGACGGACCAAAACCGUUUCGAAAUCGGAAAACGAUGAUGCCAUCCAUCAUAUACUCCCAGCAUAACGCAUGCUCAAUAAUAAAGCUAUGGUAUUUCCAUCGUUUUAACGUUUUCGUGUGGACGGGUGACUACGAUUCGAAUAUGCUACGUGUGGUUGCGUAUUUGUUUGAAAAUGGAGGUAAAAAUCUCCGUCAUCAAAAAUAUCCGGAUACAUGUGGACGGGGCAAAACCUAUUGCUUUUUUGCCGUUGUCGUCGUUGGUUAGGCUUCCUAAUAACUGUCUGACCAAUCUUUGUACAUCUAUGCUUAUUUCACGUUUUCUUGUUUCCUCUCUGUUUAGUUUUCUCCUUUACUUUCGCAAAAGGGUGCUUUUAAUAAUUGGAUUUACUAUAUUGAUUUUGUCCCUCCUCGUUUGUUUCCUUCUUUGUCACUGUAACUAAUAUGGAACGGAUAGAAAUUUAAAAAAGAGUUAAAAAAACUCCGAGUAAUAACUCAUAAAGAAAAAAAAAAGAGAAACUUUGAAAGUUUAAUGAGUGUCUUUACAGGAGCACCCGAUGACUGUUUUCUUUGAAAUAUCUGUUCGGAGAAGCAAAUAUUGUCUAGAUUUUUUUAGAUGACCGUUCCAUUCAUGUACAAUUUUUGAAGGCUAUCUAAUAAAUUCCCUACGAUUUUGUGAAGUUAAAUUUUUUCCAUUUCACUCCCCAGGUUAAGCCUUUUUUUUAGUGGAGAAAGGAAACCUAAAAUUUUUGGAACAAAAAAUGCGAUGCAGAGAAAAAUUCUCACUUCCGUAAAACUCUAAAUUGCAGCUAAAAUGUUCGGAAAAAUAAUGCUGAAGCCCUUGUAAUUUCGAAAAGACUCAAGUUGCCCUAGGAUGACCGAACAAAUGAAAUUAGCGCUACUUAGAAUACAUUUUUAGAGAUCUAAAAGUACUCUGGAUAGCCUAAAAAGUGUUUCAAUGCAUUUAGGAGGAAACCGUCGUUAUUUUGGUUUUGGUUUAUAGUCAAUAUAAUAAUUGUUUUUCUCCAUUUGCCGGCGAAAAAGUACCUAGAAAAACUCUCUAGCAUUUAACAUCAGGAGUCUUAAGCGAAACCUUGAAAACUUUCAAGUUCAUGUAUUGGACGAGUUGAAUUCUGAAUUUAGCAUUAUAGGAGUUUCAGAAACUAAAAUUUAUAAUCAGCGGUAAAGAAAUGGAUUUUAAUCCAAGCAUACCUGGAUAUGUUUUCGAAUAUGUUCCGACACCUCUAGCCUCUCACAUUUGCAAUUUUAUUGUCUAAAAAGCUUCCUUUUGAUUAAACAACAUUAUCAAAAGAAAAAACCGAGGUCUCUUUUACAGAAAAGUAGGCUUAAAAGAUGUCUGGAAUUUUUUAACAGAAUCAUCGGUUAACCCCUUUGGACAAAUGCCAAUUUUUCGACCAUGAAAUGACAUUUUUACCGUCCAAAAAGACUCAUUUUGAGAACAUAACAUCAUCAGACGAAAAACCUAGGUUGAAAGAAAUUUGGAACAUUUAACCAGAAUCAUUGGUUAACCCUUUUGGAAAAAUGCAAAUUUUUCGACUAUAGUAAAAUGACAUUUAUGUCGUCUAACAAGCCUCAACAUCAUCAGGCGAUAAAAACGAGGUCUUUAAUACCGAAAAGUUGGCUUGAAAGACAUUUUGAAUUUUUGACCAGAAACAUGGGUUAACCCCUUUGGAAAAAUGCAACUUUUUCGACUAUAGUAAAAGAAAGGUGUUGGCUUGUAUAUUAGUGAUUCUCUGAAAUGUACCGUUGUUAAAGAAGUAUCUGAUGAAGCCUUUCAGUCACUUUGGAUCGAAAUCGAAACGACUGUAUGAAGCUAAAAAUUGACAAUAGAUUACAAACGAGAAGAUUUAUCCCUUUUAUACUUUUCUUAUGUUGUUGUUGUUGUUGUUGUUUUUAAAUGAAACAGGAAGGAACCCCAGAUUAAAGCAAUAACAUUGUUCUGUGAGUCUGUACCUUCUACUUUAAGAAUAAUAACACGAUAAUAAUUCUUCCUCCUUUUUUUCAUAAACUUAGGUUGUGUUCUUUUUUUAAAUUUUUUUUCUAGGUUGUGUACUUGAUCCAGUAGGAGUGUCGGAUAGUAGCGUUAUUUCUAAUCAGAAGUUUUCAGCUUCGUCAUCUCUUAGCGGCCGCAGUCCAUCUGAUGGCCGAUUAAAAGGAUCCAAUGCCUGGAUUCCUUCCACAAACAAUGACAACAAUGAUUUCCUGCAGAUCGAUCUGGGAUCUCUUUACUUUGUUUGUGGAGUAGCAACACAAGGAAAUCCAAAUAAUGAUCAUUGGACAAACACAUACAAGAUAGAGACGUCCCUGGAUAAUGUCGUGUGGACAUUCUAUUCUGAGGGUGGCUCCGAAAAGGUACUGUUAACAUCCCUUUCUGUUGUAGGUGAAGUAAUAGCGAAGUUAUAAUCGUAGAGACACUAAGUGAUGAAGGAUUGUGUUUACCUCUUAGCCACGUCAAACCUGAAAUUCACAUGGAAUCCCUCUUUCUCUCCCUUCCAUUCGUUAUCCCCUCUCUUCCCCCAUCUUCACCGUCUCUAGUUGCCGCCUUUUUUUCUUCCUGCCUUCUGCCUUGCUUCUUUUUCCCCUCGUUACUACAGCCUUCCUUCCUUAGUCUAGACUGCAAAACAGUCGGUUUUUUCCUCAAAAUCAGUAAAGAAAUCGGUAACGCGUGGCGUAAGAGUCUUAUGCGCGCGAACCGCGCGAGCCUCACACGCCCGUAGGGCGUGUGAGGCGAGAGAGAAAAAACCGACUGUCCGUUUUCCAUACAAUGAGUUCGUUCCGACCAGGGGGUUCAAAAAUGUCGUCGAGCUGUCAAAAAUCUGUUCACAACCCCGCCCUCUUUAUGAAAUUGAUACACUCGGUGAUUGAUUUCGAGGGAGAAUACCGCGUGUUAUUGUCUGCACUUGGCUUCGAAUCUUGACGCUGUAAUCCGGUAAUUCUAAAGCAUUUUUUGGCGUUACUUCUCUGUGAAAUGUAGUAUAUAUAGUGGAGGAUCAAAAAUGAGUGGAAGUGGCUGUACAACAACAAAGCCUGCGUACUCCUCGAAGAGGGAGAAAGCCGAAAGUGCCAGCUUAGCGCUUCGGAUAAAUUGUAGAAUGUGCGGCUGUUGUUUCAAAACACAGUUCGGCAAUUCUACGAGUGGAUGGAUAAGAUCUGAAAAUGUGUUUGUUGCGCCUACCAGAAAAGGAGAAACGUUACCAAAGUGGGCCGACCUACAAAAAAACGAAAAGUUCGUUGUCCCCAAAGAAGUAGAAUCUUUCUCCACAAGAGUUUUCUCCUCGUGCGGAACAAAGGUUAGAAACUGCCCCGGGAAACUGCACGGCGAUGCUUUCGCAAAUUAGAGAAGAACUGAACACGCCAACUGACAAUGAACAAUUAUUGCGAUUGAAAAGAAUGAGUAAAUUCCCUCAUUCCAAUCCACGUCUUGGUGAUUUAGCUCUGUAAAUCACUAUCUGUGAAAAUUUAAAAUCCUGCUAAAAACCCUAACGAGCUGGGCCCAGCGUGACAAAACAUUGCAGGAAAUAGUCACAUUCACGGACAUAAAGAAAAUCGCUUAAAAUUAUUGAAAUCCGGGAGGCACUUUGGAGAAAUAAAACAACCUAAAACCCUUAAUCAGCCGCAAUGAAGAGCCUGACAUUUCUAAAGGGGCCAAGAAAGAAAACGGUCUUGCAUCAGAGGGCAAAUCAUGCCGACUAGAGAAAAUCAAUAUGCGUGUCACGACCUGUCAGUAUGAAAUAUAUUUAAUAAGCGGCCAAAAUUCACGAUUGCUCAGUCUAAACGUUUUCCUCCAAAGCAUAAUCUGCUCGAAAGAGGAAACAAUUCAUUGGAACAAGCAGCAUUUUUGCAUCAGGUGAAAGUCGUGUGUUUCCUACCACACGGUCGGCCGUUGAACAGAACUUGACGAACUCUUUGCGUGAACCACAUCUGAUAAAUGAGGCUUUUGUCAAAUCCUGUUGGUAGAACACGGAAAACAUCCUUUCCCCUGAGCAGUAACUCCAAAGCUUCCUUCUGCUCCGAUUUUCAAACAAAUCCCAAUUCUUGCGAGCAUAUCCGGUCGAUCCGUCAUUUUACGGUGAAAGCUUUAGCAAUUCAUCUCGGUAGGGAAUACCGCGAAUGACUUGUUGAAAACAUUACUUGACAGCUUGGUGACAGCUGCAUCGAAAUUUAGCCAAUGGGAAUUGCCCGUGGCUGGGAGAAGCGGGUAAUUCGAACGAAUAUAACGUAUGCAAAACGGACAGUCCGUAUUUUUUAGCGUCUCUCACCAGUCUCGCUCUCUGUUUUCAGCCUCGUUCCACACCUUUUGUUUGACUGCUCGCGCGUACUUGAAUACGCAAAAAUACGGACUGUUUUGCAGUCUAUCCUUAGUC